GUGUGGAGCCAGCCAGGUGGGUGAGUGUGUAGUUGGAAGAAGCAGUGAACAGCAACCACAGGGCAACAACCUCCCGUGGCAGAGAUCUGAGAAGAAAGACAAGCCCAGGAGAGCAAAGGGCUCUCAUGAGCCUUGCCUCUGGGGUUCUUGCUCGGAGUUUUUAGUGAAGACUAGCAUUUGGCAGCAAGUACAAAACUGAAAAUGUUGACUUCCCCAGAGCCGAAGGGCCUUGUCCCAUUUACGGCAGAGUCACUUGAACUUAUAGAAAAUCACAUUGCUAAAAAAUGCAACGAAGAUCCUGAAGAAGAAGGUUUAAAGCCAAGCCGUGAUCUAGAAGCUGGCAAAAGACUUCCAUUUCCCUAUGGAACCCUUCCUCAGGGAACUGUGUCAGAGCCCUUGGAAGAUGUGGAUCCAUACUACUAUGUUAAGAGAAAUACUUUCAUGGUCUUAAACAGAAGCAGAGUCAUCUUCAGGUUCAAUGCGGUUUCCAUCUUCUGCACACUGUCUCCUCUGAGCUCCCUCAGAAGAGCAGCUAUCAAGGCUUUGGUGCAUCCCCUUUUUCGCCUGCUGAUUUUAAUCAGUGUUCUCACUGACAGCAUACUUAUGUGCAUGAGUAGUCUACCGGAAUGGAUAUUGGCAAUAGAGAAUACUUUGCUUGGGAUUUACACAUUUGAAAUACUUGUAAAAGUCAUUGCAAGAGGUAUUUGGUCAGGGUCAUUUUCCUUCCUGGGGGAUCUUUGGAACUGGCUUGAUUUCAGUGUAACUUUGUUCGAGUUAAUCACAAGGUUUUCACCUCUAAGCUCCUUUCUAAUGCUUAAAAUUAUAAGAACUUUCCGAAUUUUGAAGAUUAUCCCUUUGAACUAUGGCCUGCAGUCUAUUGUGGUGACACUGGCCCAGUGUUUGAAGAAACUAUUUGGUGUCAUUGCCCUAGCUCUGUUUUUUCUGACUGUUUUUUCACUACUCGGAAUGGGCCUCUUCAUGGGUAACCUGAAGCACAAAUGUCUGUGGUGGCCUGAAGAAAAUGAAAAUGAUACGCUGCACAACAGAACUGGCAGCCUUAACUAUAGUCCAGAAAGAGCAAACUUCUACUACAUGGAAGGCGCGAAAUAUGCUCUUCUUUGUGGCAACAGGACAGAUGCUGGCCAGUGUCCAGAAGGUUAUGUGUGUGUAAAAGAGGGCACAAAUCCUGACAAUGGCUUCACAAGUUUUGACAACUUUGGCUGGUCCCUCCUUGCUAUGUUUCGAUUGAUGACGCAGGAUUACCCUGAAUUGCUUUAUCACCAGAUCCUUUAUGCUUCAGGAAAGGUCUACAUGAUAUUUUUUGUUAUGAUCAGUUUCUGGUUUGCCUUCUAUAUAGCAAGUUUGUUCUUGGGCAUACUCACUAUGACCUAUGAAACGGAAAAGCAGAGAGCCCAUGAGGAAUCCAGAGAUAUGGAUCCCAAAUGUCUACAGACAGUGAAAGAACUCGAGGAAGAAAAUGACGCAGCUGAGAUGGAAACUACACAAAUAGAAAUGAAGAAAAGAUCCCCAACUUCUAUAAACACCACACUGGAUAUACUGGAAGACACUACCCUUGGACACAAAGAAGAACUGGAAACAUCUAGGAAGAAAUGCCCACUAUGUUGGCAUAAGUUUAUUAAAACCUGCUUCAUCUGGAAAUGCUCUCCCUGUUGGGUAAAACUGAACGAGUUUGCUGAUAGAAUUAUAACACACCCAUUGGCUGAUCUUUUUCUUGUCAUAUGCAUCAUUUUAAAUGUGUGCUUCCUGGCCCUAGAACAUUUUCCAAUAAGUGAGGAGCUCAUGUUUCUCCUUCAAGUUGGAAAUUUGGUUUUUAUUGGAAUUUACACAAUAGAAAUGAUUUUGAAGAUAAUCGCUAUGCAUCCAUAUGGGUAUUUUCAAAUAAGCUGGAAUAUUUUUGACAGUAUACUUGUGGUUUGGGGGUUAACAAGUAUUUUACUAGCAGAUGUUGAAGGACUAGCUAUUUUUAUACCAAUCCCAUUGAUAUUUAUAAAACUGGGGAAAUAUGGACCACCAUUUAAGAGUUUGAUGAGCACCCUUGGUAGCUCAUUGAUGGCUCUGAAAGAUUUGGUCCUGCUGCUCUGCAUAUUCGUUUACUUCUCUGCUGUGUUCGGCAUGAAGCUGCUUGGUCAAAGUUACAAAGAUUGUGUCUGCCACAUAGAAAAAGACUGCCAACCCCAACGCUGGCACAUGAGUGACUUCCUUCAUGCCUACAUGACCGUGUUCCGAAUCCUCUGUGGAGAAUGGAUAGAGACGUUAUGGGAGUGUAUGGAAGUUGCAGGCCAGGCCUGGUGUAUUCCUUUUUACAUGAUGGUCAUUUUAAUUGGAAACUUACUGAUACUUUACCUAUUUGUGACAUUGGUGAGCUCUUUCAGUUACUAUGAUGCUGCAACAGAAGUGAACAAAGAAGCCAAAAACCUUCAGCUUGCCAUGGCAAGGAUAAAGUCGGGAAUAAACUCUGUGCUUCUUAAAAUAAUGUGCACAGAAAGACGUGUUCCUACAGAAGCAACAGACCAAACAUGUGAUCCAAGUGUCAAAGGGAAUAUUUCAGGCCAUACUCUGUCUGAACUGAGCAACACCCAAACUUUCCUCAGAUAUAAGGACCAGAGCAGCAGCACUGAGAAAACUCCAGUGACUGAAUCUGAGAGCCAAUCGCUGAUUGCUAGUCCCAGUGCCUCUGAAACUGUGCCGAUUGCUUCAGGAGAAUCUGAUAUAGAAAAUCUGGAUAACAAGGAGAUUCGGAGCAAGUCUGGGAAUGGAGGCAGUAAAGAGAAAAUGAAGCAAUCUAGUUCAUCUGAGUGCAGCACAGUUGAUAUUGCUAUUUCUGAAGAAGAAGAAAUGGUCUAUGAACAUGAAAAGUCAAAGCUUCAUAAAAAUGGUUAUGAACGCAAAUCUUCAACUGGUCAAGUCAGUAGAGAAUCUAGGAAUGGAAAGAUUUGGAAGAACAUCAGGAAAACUUGCUGCAAGAUAGUGGAGAACAGCUGGUUUGAGUGUUUCAUUGGCUUGGUCACUCUGCUCUGCACAGGCACUCUGGCUCUUGAAGACAUAUAUAUUGAUCAGAGAAAAACCAUUAAAAUCUUACUGGAAUAUGCGGACAUGAUAUUUGCAUACAUCUUCAUUCUGGAGAUGCUUCUCAAGUGGGUGGCUUAUGGCUUUAAAGCCUUUUUCUCUAACAACUGGUACAAGCUGGACUUCAUGGUCGUUAUUGUGUUCUGUCUUAGCUUAAUAGGCAAAACUCGAGAAGAUCUGAGCCCUCUUACAUCAAUAAAGUUCCUUCGAGCACUAAGAGUUCUGUCUCAGUUUGAAAGGAUGAAGGUGGUCCUGAGAGCUUUGAUAAAAACAACCUUACCCACUGUGGGCGUGAUCUUAGUCUGCCUCAUGAUCUGGCUGCUUUUCAGUGUUAUUGGAGUGCACUUAUUUUCUGGCAAGUUCUAUGAAUGCAUUGACCCAACAAAGGGGGAAAGAUUCCCUGUAUUUGAAGUUAUGAAUAAGAGUCAGUGUGAAAACCUUCUAUUUAAUGAAUCGAUGCCGUGGGAGAAUGCAAAACUGAACUUUGAUAAUGUUGGAAAUGGUUUUCUUUCUUUAUUCCAAGUGGCAACCUUUAAUGGAUGGAUCAGUAUUAUGAAUUCAGCAAUUGAUUCUGUUGGUGUAAACAUGCAGCCUAGUUUUGAGUACAACCUCUACAUGUACAGUUACUUUAUCAUCUUUAUUAUCUUUGGGUUAUUUCUUCCUCUCUGUAUGCUGAUUGGUGUUAUUAUUCACAAUUUCAACAAGCAGAAAAUUAAGCAGGGAGGAUCAAAUAUCUUUAUAACAGUAAAACAGAAAAAACAGUACCGGGCCCUGAAGAAGCUCUUGUAUGCAGACUCUCAGAAACCAGCACCCCGCCCCAUAAACAAGCUCCAAGGAUUCCUUUUUGACCUAGUAACACAUCGUGUCUUUAAUGUUAUCAUCAUACUUCUUAUCUGUUUCCAAGCAACAACCAUUAUGAUACAAAAUGAUGAGCAGAGUCCACAAAUGGAAACUGCCGUCUUCUGGAUGAACUCCAUUUUUGUCAUGCUGUUUACUCUGGAAUGCAUAAUGAAGCUCACUGCCUUCCGCUGCCACUACUUCACCAGCGCAUGGAAUGUUCAUGACUUUAUGGUGGUCAUUUUUUCCAUUACAGGGCUGCUGCUACCCUUGACAAUAGGACAAUACUUUGUGCCUCCUUCACUUGUGCAGCUGAUACUUCUCUCUCGAGUCAUCCACAUCCUGCGUCCUGGGAAAGGACCAAAGGUGUUCCAUGACCUGAUGCUUCCCUUGAUGCUGUCACUCCCAGCAUUGCUGAACAUUAGUCUUCUCAUCUUCCUGGUCAUGUUCAUCUACGCCAUCUUUGGAAUGUACAACUUUGCCUAUGUAAAGAAAGAAGCCGGGAUUAAUGAUGUGUCCAACUUUGAGACCUUUGGAAGCAGUAUGCUCUGCCUCUUCCAAGUUACAACGUUUUCUGGUUGGGACGGGAUGCUGGAUGCAAUUUUCAACAGUCAGUGGUCUGACUGCGAUCCUGAUAAAAUUAAUCCAGGGACUCAGGUCAGGGGAGAUUGUGGGAGCCCUUCUGUUGGGAUUUUUUAUUUUGUCAGUUACAUCCUCAUAUCAUGGUUGAUCAUUGUUAACAUGUACAUUGUGUUGAUCAUGGAGUUCUUAAGUAUUCCUUCUCAGAAAAAAGCCAGGACCUUGAGCGAAGAUGACUUUAGGAGAUUCUUCCGGGUGUGGAACAGGUUUGACCCUGAUAGGACCCAGUACAUAGACUCUAGCAAGCUUUCAGAUUUUGCAGCAGCUCUCGAUCCUCCUCUUUUCAUGGCAAAACCAAACAAGGGCCAGCUUGUGGCCAUGGAUCUCCCCAUGGCUGCAGGAGACAGAAUCCACUGCCUUGACAUUUUACUUGCCUUUACGAAAAGAGUGAUGGGAAAGGACGAGAGGGUGGAGAAAAUCCUUUCAGAGAUAGAAUCCGGGUUCAUGUUAGCGAACCCUUUCAAAAUCACAUAUGAGCCGAUUACAACUACUUUGAAACGCAAACAAGAGGCAGUUUCAGCAACCAUCAUCCAGCGUGCGUAUAAAAGCUACCGCUUAAGGCAAAAUGACAAGAAUGUAUCAGAUACCCCUGUAAUAGGUGAAGGCAGAGAUGAUCUUACUUCUAAAGGCGUUCACUCUGGCAAAAUCGAGGAGAAGGCAUCUAUUCAGACCCAGAUCUAAUGGCACUUCCCACUUCUUCUUUCUUUAUGUAUUUCCCCAAACACUAAAUGCUUAACUAAGCUGGAGAUCAGAGACUAGAAAUAACGAUCACAUCUGUGUGCCCACCCAUCUCCAUGACAAGCUCAGCUUUAGGUUCAGUCUUCCCAUGCAUCAGGAAAGACAGCAGCUCAGCGAUGCUGUGGGUAGCUAAACUAGGUUACUGUUGUAGUUUUGGCUAUUUAAAAUGUUUCUAAUUGGCUUGUCUAGUGUUGCCUCUAGUGGAAGGUGUGUAGGAGGAAAGGGGAAGAAAGAGGGAAAUGAAGCUCAGCAGCUAUACAGUUUUCCUUGUGUAGUUUAUAUGUAAUUUUAGAAGCCGGGUCGCCACCCUUGAGGCUUAGUUGCUAAUAUUAGAUACUUCCUUAAAGUGCAAUUGUGCUUCAGAAAUAAAGAAGCCCCCCAAACAUGCAUAAACAAAUGCUGGGAAUGGGUGGGAGAGGAAAAAUGCAGGUCUUUAGAAAGUGCCUUUCAGUUCAUUCUGGGCUAAUUUACAAGAUCUAUUUCUUAAAACUUUUAACUGAAACCCCCCUCCCCUUUUUUGCUUUCUUCCUGUUGCCUAUUUGUAUGUUGUUUCCUUUUUUUGUUUGCUUGCUUGCUUGGUUUUGUUGCUGUUCUUUAGUUUGGGAUAGUAGAUGUUGACGUUUCAUUGCUCCUGGUUCCUCCUGGCUAGGCGAGCUCUCCCUGAGCUACAGCUCCACAACAGAUGAGAUUUCCAGAGCAAGGAGCAUAGAAGAAACCACACUUAACAAUGAGUACAUUGUCUGUAUUUUAUUCACAUUUAUAUCUUUUUAAAAGUACACAUUUACUAAAAGGAUAAAAUUAAGAUAAACGUUAAUGGACUAAAGCUUUACCUUAUUCUAAAAACUGGUGUAUUUUUUACCACUUAUCCAUAGCAGGUGCAUGCUAUCAUAUGAAUUAGAAGAGUUGAGGGCAACCAGCAUGUUUAGGGAUUUUCAGUGCCCUGACCCUUAAUUUGGAAACUGACCACUCACAAGGUCUUUCCAUUGCACUUUGUAUUUCUUGAAACUUAAAAAAGAAAGAUAUCCUUCAAACGAUAGGGCUUGUGAAUUAACAGAUGAAAGUUAACUUGGUAUUUUAUAACACCAUUAUGUACACAUUAGUUUUAGUGCUCACUUAUCUUUUCCUUUAUUUGUUUUCUAUCUUGUAAUACAUAUAAGUACUCAUGCAGAUGUUUUCUAUUUGAGAAUCUGUAAAAUAACAGACAUUAGUUUUAACUACUGACAUUAUUUUUGUUAAUAUAAAUAGUUUUGAUUUCCUCACAAAAAUUGUUGACUUCCAUUCACGUAGUUUGAGAAUGUGAUAUUUUCUCCAUUUGUAUAAAAAACUGAUUUCACUGUGCCUAUGGAGUCCUACAUAAUUAAAAAAGAAUAUAUAUAUUCUACUGACUUAGAUAAGAAGCUUUAAAUAGGUUUUAUGAAACUCAAUGCCAUUAUAUUCUAGAGAUUGUAUUUUGUAAUGAACGCAUGGACUUGAUCCUUAAUUCCUGUAAUCUACUUCCGAGCCUCGGAAACUCUGUGACCUUACCAACUUGCCUUGGAUGAUCACCUAAGUAAAUGUAAUUUCAGUUUUGGUGGGUUUUCUGGAUUUUGCUUGUUUGUU